UCCAUUCUUUUUCCGAGGUCCUGGAUCAUCUUCACUAUCAUUAUUCUGAAUUCUUUUUCUGGAAGGUUGCCUAUCUCCACUUCAUUUAGUUGUUUUUCUGGGGUUUUAUCUUGUUCCUUCAUCUGGUACAAAGUCCUCUGCCUUUUCAUUUUGUCUAUUUUUCUGUGAAUGUGGUUUUCCUUCCACAGGCUACAGAAUUGUAGCUCUUCUUGCUUCUGCUGUCUGCCCUCUGGUGGAUGAGGCUAUCUAAGAGGCUUGUGCAAGCUUCCUGAUGGGAGGGACUAGUGGUGGGUAGAGCUGGGUGUUGCUCUGCUGAGUAGAGCUCAGUGAAACUUUAAUCUGCUUGUCUGCUGAUAGGUGGGGCUGGGUUCCCUCCCUAUUGGUUGUUUGGUCUGAGGUGACCCAGCACUGGAGCCUACCUGGCUCUUUGGUGGGGCUAAUGUCGGGCUCUGGGAGGGCUUAUACCAAGGAGUACUUCCCAGAACUUCUUCUGCCAGUGUCCUUGUCCCCAUGAUGAGCCACAGCCACCCGCUGCCUCUGCAGGAGACCCUCCAACACUAGCAGGUAGGUCUGGUUCAGUCUCCUAUGGGGUCACUGCUCCUUCCCCUGAGUCCCAAUGCUCAUACUACUUUGUGUGUGCCCUCCAAGAGUGGAGUCUCUGUUUCCCCCAGUCCUGCCGAAGUCCUGCAAUCAAAUCCCUCUAGCCUUCAAAGUCUGAUUCUCUAGGAAUUCCUCCUCCUGUUGCCGGACCCCCAGGUCGGGAAGCCGGACGUGGGGCUCAGAACCUUCACUCCAGUGGGCGGACUCCUGUGGUAUAAGUGUUCUCCCAUUUGUGAGUCACCCACCCCGAAGUUAUGGGAUUUGAUUUUACUGUGAUUGCGCCCCUCGUACCAUCUCACUGUGGCUUCUCCUUUGUCUUUGGAUGUGGGGUAUCUUUUUUGGUGAGUUCCAGUGUCUUCCUGUUGAUGACUGUUCAGCAGCUAAUUGUGAUUCUGAUGCUCUCACAAGAGGGAGUGAGUGCACGUCCUUCAACUCCGCCAUCUUGAACCAAUCUGAGUGGAUGGUGUUUAAGGCCAUGUGCCUGGAUGUGAGGCGGAAGGUGGACAGAGGAUGGCAGCAGUCAGGACUGAGCCCUGGAACACUCCACUGGGUGGAGGUAGGGACGAUGAAGCAGAACCAGCAAAGGAACUGAGCAGGAGCAGCCAGAGAGGUGGGAGGAAGCUGAGAGAGUGUGGGCACUUAGGAGCCAAGGGGAGCAAGCAUCAAAUGCUGCCGAGGCGGUAAGAGUAGAGAAUAAACUGCAGUUUGAAGGUCUCUGAGGACCCCAACAAGGGCAUUUUUAUGGAGAGAGGGACAAGCUCAACUAUAGUGGGUAGAAAAGAGAGUGAGAGGUGAAGAACUGGAGAGGGCAUGUGUAGACAACCUUUUAAACAUUGACAUAUAAUGUAAAUAAAAUGAACAGACAACUCUCAAAGGUACAGCACUAUAAAUGUUAAAAUCUGUAGACACCUGUGCAACUGUCACCCAGAUCAAGAUAUAGAAUAUCACCAGCCACUCCAGGAAGCCACUUUUUGCCCCCUCCAAUUGAUACCCCCAAAAGUAACCACCAUUUUUAUUUCUGUCACCAAGGAUACCUUUUGUUUGUUUAAUGUACACAGGUUUUGAGAGAUUUUGUUGAUGGUUGGGCUCAGGUUUUAUAGGCAGAUAAUGUUCUUUCUUUUUUUUUCUUUUUUUUGUUUGGCUGUGUUGGGUCUUCAUUGCUGCGGUGAGCGGGGGCUACUCUUUGUUGCAGUGCACAGGCUUUGCAGUGGCUUCUCUUGUUGUGGAGCAUGGGCUCUAGGCGCACGGGCUUCAGUAGUUGUGGCACGCAGGCUCAGUAGGUGUGGCUCAUGGGCUCUAGAGCGCAGGCUCAGUAGUUGUGGUGCACGGGCUUAGUUGUUCCGUGGCAUGUGGGAUCUUCCCAGACCAGGGAUCGAACCUGUGUCUCCUGCAUUGUCAGGUGGAUUCUUAACUGCUGCACGACCAGGGAAGUCCCUAGGCAGAUAACGUUCUAAUGGGAGUGGGCAGCUGGAGUUCAGACUCUGUGGGGUAGCAGGUCCUGGGCCCAGUUUUCCUGGGUUCUGUGCUUGCUCUGUCUCCAAGGACUGCAUGACCAAGACUUCCUUGAGCCUCAGUUUCCCUAUCUGAAGCUUGAUCCUUCUCCCCUCACAUCUCCUUUGAAUUCUAGUAAUAAAUAGGGGAAUUCAUUGGGAGCAGUGAAAAAAAAUGGAGUUUUCCAGGCCUCUUGAUGGCUGUAGAGUCUAGAGCUCAGUCACUAGGGAUGGGCAGGGCUAGAAUCUUGGAGGCCCAGCUUUGUUUGAGCAACUGACCUGGCAACGGGGUGGGCCUGACAAACACUUCUGGCUUUCUGUAGUCUCCUCUGCUGUCUGUAUCUUCAGGCCACUAUGGUGCUGCUCAGGCCCCUGGUGCUUCUUCUUGCUCUGGUUGUCUCUGGUGAGGAGCUGGUGGGUGGGGGAACUCCAGUUCUCACCCCCUGACUCCACAGUGGAGUCUUGAUCCCUCUCAGAUAAGCUACCAUGGAGGACAGGGGGUGGGGGGAGCCAGGAAAUGGCAAAGAUCUGUAUCCCUGACCCUCAUUCCUUCUCUUGGCUGCUUCCUCGACCAAGUUCUCACUCCCAGUCUGUGAAAUGAGCUGACCCAUGGUUGGAUGUGGGGGACAAGGAAGGACUUUGGCUGCUUGUUUCCAGGAUGUGGCCAGGCCCUAAGGCAGAAAGGAGGGACUCUGAUUGUGUAUAUGGUUCCAUGAGAAUGGGGGCCUCCAGCCUGAAUCAUCUCUUCCUCACAGACCUCCACUCCCUGCCCUGGUUCAUAAAUGUCUCUGAGAGCCAGGGACCUGGCACCAUCCUUCAGUCUUUCUCCUUCAACUGCUCUUCACACACACCCACCCUGGAGUUGCUCCAUGUGCAGCCACCCACCACCUUCUUCAACCCACCUAGCCUAACUAGAUGGCAGGGGAUCUAUGUGGGCAAGAUGACCUUGAGCAGCUCGGCCCGGCUGGAUGCCCUGACAGUGAACCACUAUGAACUGCAGCUGCGGUUCACAUGUGGCAACCAUGUGAUGGAGGGGCCACUGUCUGUGGAUGUGCAGCGGGACCCUGGCCAUAUCCAGUGUGCUGGUCGAUUUGCCAGCCCAGCUGGGGAAAUCAUUCAGGUGCCAGAAACUGUCAAACCUGGGGCCCGGCUGUACACUCUGCUGCUCCCAGGCCAGGGAGCCCAGAUGAGCAUCACCAGUGCCCAGGAUCCGCCAUACUUCCCUGGACCUUUCUCUAUCAAUGGGCAGGGUUGGCUGCAGGCGCCAUCCCAGGGCCUCAAAGGCCAGGCUCAAAAGGUCUUCCAGCUUCAGAUCCUGGUGAACUUUGGACAAGGCCGAAGCUGCUGUGGGAUGCUGACAGUGAAAGUUUUGCCUGCUCCCUCCAGCCAGGUCUCCUUCCUGCAGCAAGCCCAGAAUAUCACCAUCCCGGAGAACCUGGUCCCCGGAAGUAAGGUGGUUCAGGUCCAGGCCCGGGGCUUCGAUGUGCGCUACGAGAUCCUCUCUCCAGUGCCCUGCCGGCUCUUCUCCAUCGGACGCGUCGACGGAGUGGUCCGGACAACGUCGCCCCUGGAGCUGGCGCAAGCCCCAGACGCCGCGGUCACUAGGCUGCGGGUGAAGGCCUUUGAGCGUCUCCGGCCGUGGGCCAGCGCCGAGCUUGAUUUCAAGGUGGACGUGCAGUCGGUCAACCGCUGGCCCCCGCGCUGCACACCAGCGCUGCUGGCGACUCAAAUCCCCGAGACCACGCCUGUGGGCACCGUGCUGAAUACCUUCACUUGCACUGACCCGGACUCUCCUGGCUCCACCCUGGACUACCAGCUACUGUUCCACAGCCCUGCUGGCGCAGCCAGCCUCUGCCUUCAAGACAGAGUCCUGGAGGUGAAUGCCACACUGGACUGUGACACUCCUGGCGCCUGCUUUCAUCAUGCAGCUUCCAUCCUGGUGCUUGAUGGUGGUCAGCCUCUGAUGACCACUGAGGUGCCAGUACUGGUGAUGGUAACACCUGUCAACGAGUUCGCCCCAGCCUGUGUCCCACGCACAUUCCGGGUUCGUGAGGAUGCAUGGCCCCACGCUCUUCUGGGCUCUGUGGUGGGCAAGGACAUGGAUUACCCGCACGACAGCAUUGAGUACUCCACCCCUGGCGGGUCUGCCACUUUUGCUGUGGACCGUCUCAGCGGGGAGGUUCGCCUCCUGGGGCCUUUGGACUAUGAGCUGCAGAAGUUCCACAGGCUCACUGUCCUGCUGACUGACCAUAGCCAAGACCAGGACCCCACCUGCCACCGCUCAGGCUCUUGCACAAUUACCAUUGAGGUGGAGGAUGUGAACGACCAUGCCCCCGAGUGUGAGCCCCCAUUUCAGGAGCUCACCGUCCACACUCACCUGGGCCGCAGCAUGGAGGUGACCAGGGUGUCAUGUCGGGUGCCCCAAGAGCCACAGCGCCUGGCUUUCUCCUACAGCAUUGUGGGAGGGAAUAGUUGGAGCCAAUUCAGUCUGCAAGGAGCUGUCCUGGUGCUCAACGACCUCAUGUUGGGGCCCUCCUGGCCAGAGCAGCCCCAUACUUAUGAGCUAUUGAUCCGUGUGGCCGAUGCAGGUCCCUUCACCCCCCACCUCAGCACCACAGCCACUGUCAUUGUGCAUCUAGUUCCCUGGAGGGCCAGCACAGUGGCCACCAGCACCCACAGAGCCACAGUGACUUCAAUGAUGACACCUCUGCUUGUGACAGACACGGAGGCUUUCUGGCAGCCGGAGCCCUGGUUUGUGGUGGUGCUGACAGUGACCAGUGCCCUUCUCCUCUUGGCUCUGGGCUGGCUCCUCAGCAGGCUCCUGUGGGGGUUGGCCCAGGUGCUACAGGUACCAAGCAAACCAACCCAGGCUCUACUGCUGAACAGUAUCCAGGGAACUGAGGGGUCCGUUGAGGGGUUCAUGGAGGCACUGAGGAUGGAGACACCCCAGGCACCCAGCAGUGUCAUGAGCCUGCAUUUUGAUGGCAGAGCACAGGACCCCCGUACAGGCAGAGAUUACCUGUUCAACACGCACACAGGAGCCCGGCGCUGGCUCUGAGGCCAAGAAGCUGCAUCAUAUUUGUGGAAUUUCUUCUUCACAUGAUUAUGUGUUUUCAAGUUGAUUCAAUAAUAAACAAAAUUACAAAGAGAA